UUGCACCUUCUCUAUUUGCGUGUUCAUUUGGGCAGUGUUAUGCAAAUCUUCCCACACAGUGACAUAGAGAUGUGGGGGCGUGUCUUGUUGAGCCAUUUUAGUGGGGCGUGGUCUUAACUUUUAUAAAGAAUAUCUCUUUGGAUUUGAGACUUUAGUCUUUGAAACCUGUAACACUCCAAAGAGAAAUUAAAAUGUGAAAUCGCAUCACAUGACCCAUUUAACAUGGGGAGACUAUGUGAUGAACUCCCUUUUGCAGCCAGCCUCUAGCGGCCAGUUGACAAAUAACAGUUUAAUUCACUUUAGUGUUCACAAGAGAGAGUGGGAGGUUGUUGCUUGGAUAACAUACAACCUGCAUGAAAGCAUAUCAUCUGAAACCAAGUAUCAAAAUGUUGCUAACUUGCCAAGACCUUUAUCAUGCUAUGAAACAUCUGUGAGACCUUUUCUUACCUGCUUAAAUUCAGCUUCAGGCCCCAGUCUGAUCCAGUCUUCACUACUGCAACUUCAAGCUAUCCUCCCUCAAAAAAAAAAAAAAUGGCUGAUGGUCCUUUUGACUGAAUAAAAAAGAGUUUUGACCCAAAUACGUGAAUAAUUAUAUAAUGAAUUUUAAUGAAUAUCGAGAUUGAAUUGUUUUAGCUAUAUUACAUUAAGAAAAAUGCUUUGAUUUAUGAGAGAUGUGAAAAGGCAUUGCCCCCUGUUGUGGUUAUUCUAAUUUGUGUAAAUAAAUAAUUCACAUAAAAAGCUAGUAUUUACGUUAUCUUCACUCUCCAUUCUGCUAUAUAAACCCCCACCCAUAAAAAAGUCUGCUUAUCAUUUACUUGCAGUCUAGUUUGUUGAGGACUGAUGACUUUUAUCCGUCUUCCAAGAAUGGAGGUUAGAACAUGGUAUGCCAGUCUUACUUGGUUCCAGUUGAUCACCAACUGCUUCAUUAUACAAUAUCCCUUGCUAGGAUCCGUACAGUCACUAAACUGUUCAGAACCAACAACUAAAUCGCUCCUUAAUGCCAUGAAAGAGGAAGUCAUCCUUUACAGCGAUGCAAGGCCAGUUAUAAGUCUGAGCACUUCUACCAACGUCACCGUGGACUUGACUCUCUAUGGAAUCUUAGGAGUGAAUGAAAAAGCACAGGUGUUAGAAACAUAUCUGUGGGUGAGGAUGAAAUGGCAGAUUGAAGGUUUGAGCUGGGAUCCUGCGGAGUGUGGAGCAAAAAAGAUUUCACUACCAAGAGAGAAGAUAUGGGUUCCAGACAUUAUCAUUAAUGAAUUCAUGGAUGAAAACCGAGCACCAGAAACAUAUUACGUCUAUGUGAACUCCACUGGUGAAGUGCUUGAUGGACGGCCGUUUCAUGUAAUCAGCUCCUGCAAUCUGGACAUCUACACCUUUCCAUUUGAUGUUCAGAACUGUUCAUAUACUUUCAACUCUUACAAACACUCUCGUGAUGAUGUUCAGUUGUUCUUCUUGCUGCCCAUUGAGCAGAUAUUCAAAAAUUCUCUUAAAGCAAUAACAACUAAAGGAGAGUGGGAGCUGAUAGACAUGCGGGCAAAAAAAACUGUAGAGUCCUUUCAUGGAGAGGAAUGGGAUAACCUCAUUGUUUAUAUUGUCUUGAGACGUCGAGCUACGAUGUAUGUUGUGAACCUCCUGAUUCCCAGCAGCUUCCUGCUUUCUUUGGAUCUCUUCAGCUUCCUGCUGCCUCCUCAAGAGGUGGACCGUGUUUCCUUCAAAAUGACCCUGAUUUUGGGUUACACAGUCUUUCUGCUGCUAAUGAACGAGAUGCUGCCGGUCACAGGAAAUAACUUACCGCUCAUAAAUGUUUUUUUCUCUCUCUGCUUGGCCUUGAUGGUAGUAAGUCUCCUUGAGACUAUCCUCAUCACCAAUGUCAAGUGUGGUUGCCGUGACUUUCCUCCGUUACCUAAGUGGCUCAGGAUUCUGGUUCUGGAAUAUCUUGCUCCACUUAUUCGUAUGAAGAAAUCUUGUGAUAAACACAUUGUAGCAAACAGAUCUGAGAGCACUUUCAACAAAAACAGCAUGACUGACAAUGCCAUGAUUGACAUUCCAAAGGAAGAACUAGUUAGUGGAAGUCAAGUGAGAGUCUGGGAACAAUGUCUUGAUGAAAUGAAGAAGAUGAGUAAAGAUUUAUUGGCCAUCCGCCACCAAGUUGAAGAGCAAUUCAAUAAUGACAACAGAAAAGAUGAAUGGAUCAUGUUUGUUAAUGUCAUUGACCGCAUGCUCUUUAUAAUGUAUAUUCUCUUUAUCAUUGUGAGUUUAGGCACAAUUAUGAUCUGUGGCUCCACUUUUAAAAUCUAGACAAAAGGCCAUAAUAUAUAAUAUAUAAAUCUGAAGAUGUCAAUGGGGCCAUGAUUUAUUUAUGAUGUAAUGCAAGGGAUCUUCACCAAAAUACUCUACCUUUUGUAGUUCACCAAAAAUGACAUUUCUAUCAUCAUUUUCUCAUCCACAAGUUGUUUCAAACACAACAGAAAAUAUUCUGAAGAAUGUUGAUGAUCAAAUAUGUGGACAGUAACCACUGACUUUAUGGUAAAAAAAGGGAAAAAUAAUAAUACUUGCAACUGUUUCUUUUGGAAUAACUAAAGUGAGAGUAUAUCAUGACAGGAUUUCCCUUUCCUAUCCCAUAGACAUUUAGUCUCUAGAAAGUUGUAUAAAUAAGUAUUAGUAUUAGUAUUUGUAUUUGUAUUGGUAUUUAGUAUGUAUUUGUGUUUAGACUGAAUCUGACAUUCUGUUUUAUCUGUUUUACCCAAAAGAUGUUUUGUUGGCUUUGGUAUCAUGAAUGGCAAUGACUUUUGUCACUGUUAUUAUCAAAUAUUCUAAUAUUAGAUAAAAUUAAAUAUUAUUUAAAUAUCACACAAA